AAAGGCAGCAGAAGGGAUAGUGAGUGACAGGAGAUUCGGAGGCUGACAGCGGGAUGGCCCACUUUGAUACAGAGUACCAGCGCCUGGAGGCGUCCUACAGCGACUCCCCUCCCGGAGAAGAGAAUCUGCUGGUGCAUGUUCCAGAGGGAUCCAAAUCUCCAUGGCACCACAUUGAAAAUCUGGACCUAUUCUUCCAGAGAGUCUAUAAUCUACACCAGAAGAAUGGAUUCACUUGUAUGCUGCUGGGAGAAAUAUUUGAGCUUGUGCAAUUGGUGUUUGUGGUGGCAUUCACAUUGUUCCUGGCUAAUUGUGUGGACUAUGACAUCCUCUUUGCCAACAAGUUUGUUA